UUCUGAUAUCCUCAAUCCGUAAUGGCUGCCACCGGAGUUCUCCCCUUCAUCAGGGGGGUAGACCUGAGUGGGAACGACUUUAAAGGGGGUUAUUUUCCGGAACAUGUCAAAUCCAUGACCAGCCUGCGAUGGCUGAAACUCAACAGAACCGGACUUUGCUAUCUUCCAGAAGAAUUGGCCUCCCUCCAGAAACUGGAGCAUUUGUCAGUAAGUCACAACAGCCUGACAACGUUACAUGGCGAGCUCUCCAGUCUCCCAAACCUGAGGGCCGUGGUAGCGAGAGCAAACAACCUAAAGAAUACAGGAAUUCCAGACGACAUCUUUCAGCUGGAUGACCUUUCUGUGCUGGACCUGAGCUACAACCAACUGACUGAGAUUCCGAGGGAUCUAGAAAAUUCUAGGAACAUGCUUGUCCUCAACCUAAGUCACAAUGGCAUUGAGACAAUACCUAAUCAGCUGUUCAUAAACCUUACCGAUCUCCUGUACCUGGACCUUAGUGAUAAUAAGUUGGAUAGCCUGCCCCCUCAGAUGAGACGCCUGGUCCACUUACAGACUUUGAUACUCAAUAACAACCCCCUUAUGCACGCACAGUUGAGACAAUUACCUGCUAUGGUAGCCCUCCAAACUCUACACCUGAGAAACACGCAGCGCACUCAAAGCAACAUGCCAACAAGUUUGGAAGGCCUCACUAAUCUUGCGGAUGUGGAUCUGUCCUGUAACGAUUUGACCCGGGUGCCUGAGUGUCUCUAUUCGCUGACCAACCUGAAACGCCUGAACCUGAGCAGUAAUCAGAUAUCAGAACUGUCGCUCUGCAUUGAUCAGUGGACCCACCUCGAGACCCUGAAUCUGUCAAGGAACCAACUCACAUCCCUGCCAUCUGCAGUAUGUAAGCUGUCCAAGCUGAAGAAGUUGUAUUUGAACUCAAACAAACUGGAUUUUGAUGGUUUGCCAUCUGGUGUUGGGAAGCUGGCUAAUCUGGUUGAGUUCAUGGCAGCCAAUAACAAUUUGGAGCUUAUUCCUGAAGGCUUGUGCAGGUGUGGAAAACUGAAGAAACUGGUCUUAAAUAAGAACCGCCUGGUCACAUUGCCUGAAGCAAUCCAUUUCCUCACUGAUCUGGAAGUUCUAGAUGUUCGUGAGAACCCCAACCUGGUCAUGCCCCCUAAACCUGUGGAUCGGGCGGCUGAGUGGUACAACAUCGAUUUCUCUUUACAAAACCAACUGCGACUGGCUGGCGCGUCUCCGGCCACUGUGGCCGCAGCUGGUGGAGGAAACAGUCCCCGAGAUCCGAUGGCCAGGAAGAUGAGGCUGAGGCGGCGUAAGGACUCAGCCCAGGAUGACCAGGCCAAGCAAGUGCUGAAGGGCAUGUCGGAUGUGGCCCAGGAAAAGAACAAGUCCAUCGAGGAGAAUGGGGAUUUGAAAUACUCGGACCUGAAGUCCAAGCGCUGGGACAAGAACCUGGAGAAACCGCAGCUGGAUUACUCGGAGUUCUUCGUGGAGGACGUGGGUCAGAUCCCGGGGCUGUCCGUGUGGCAGAUCGAGAACUUUGUGCCCAUCCAGGUGGACGAGGCCUUCCACGGAAAGUUCUACGAAGCUGACUGCUACAUUGUGCUUAAGACAUAUCUGGAUGAGAACGGAGCCUUGAACUGGCAGAUCUUUUACUGGAUCGGGCAGGAAGCCACGCUGGAUAAGAAGGCCUGCUCCGCCAUCCACGCUGUCAACCUGCGGAAUUACUUGGGAGCCGAGUGCCGGACGGUCAGGGAGGAGAUGGGAGACGAGAGCGAAGAGUUCACAGAGGUGUUUGACAACGAAAUCUCUUACAUUGAGGGUGGUACAGCCAGUGGGUUCUACACAGUAGAGGACACACAGUACUCAAGCAGACUUUAUCGGGUAUAUGGGAAGAAGAACAUCAAAUUGGAGUCUGUACCUCUGAAGGCAUCAUCUCUGGACCCGCGAUUCGUGUUCCUAGUCGACUGUGGUCUUGCAAUCUAUGUGUGGAGAGGAGCCAAUGCCACACUCAGUGGUACCACCAAAGCCAGGUUAUUUGCUGAGAAAAUCAAUAAGAACGAGAGGAAAGGAAAGGCAGAGAUCAUCACACUGAUGCAAAAUCAGGAACCUCCGGAGUUUUGGGAAAUUCUUGGAGGACAGCCUGAGGAAAUCAAGAAACAUGUUCCGGAUGAUUUUGCUCCCGUCCGACCCAAACUCUACAAGGUUGGCCUGGGCCUGGGAUACCUUGAGCUCCCUCAGAUUAACUACAAGCUUUCAGUGGAACACAAGAACAAGUUCAAACUGGACGUGCUACCGGAGCUCCGACUGCUCCAAAGUCUUUUGGACACUAAAGGAGUCUACAUCCUAGACUGCUGGUCUGAAGUCUUCAUCUGGAUCGGACGCAAGUCCCCGAGACUCGUCAGAGCGGCUGCUCUCAAACUGGGUCAAGAAGUGUGUGGCAUGCUGCAUCGGCCCAAGCACGCUGUGGUCAUUCGAAACCUGGAGGGAACCGAGUGUCAGGUUUUCAAAUCGAAGUUCAAGAACUGGGAUGACGUACUGAAAGUGGACUACACCAGAAACGCUGAGAGCGUGCAGCAGAAUGCCAGCCUGUCAGGCAAGGUGAAAAAAGACGCAGAGAAGAAGGACCAGAUGAAAGCAGACCUCACUGCCCUGUUCCUCCCCAGGCAACCGCCCAUGCCUCUCACAGAGGCAGAGCAGAUGAUGGAGGAGUGGAACGAAGACCUAGACGGGAUGGAGGGAUUCGUGCUGGAGGGGAAGAAAUUUGCACGACUGCCGGAGGAAGAGUUUGGGCACUUCCACACUCAGGACUGUUACGUCUUCCUCUGCAGGUACUGGGUCCCCGUGGAGUAUGAGGACGAUCAGGGGAAAGGCAAGGAAAAAGGAGAGGAGGAGGGAGAGGAUGAAGACAAACAACCCGAGGAAGACUUCCAGUGCGUGGUGUAUUUCUGGCAGGGCCGCGAAGCGUCCAACAUGGGCUGGUUAACGUUUACGUUCAGCCUGCAGAAGAAGUUUGAGAGCCUGUUCCCGGGAAAACUGGAGGUUGUGAGGAUGACUCAGCAGCAGGAGAACCUUAAGUUCCUGUCUCACUUUAAGAGGAAGUUCAUUAUCCACAAAGGGAAGAGGAAGAUGAAGGUGGACAGUGUGCAGCCAAGCCUGUAUCAUAUCAGGACCAAUGGCAGUGCACUCUGUACCAGGACCAUCCAGAUAGCUACAGACUCCGGCAAUCUGAACUCUGAAUUCUGUUUCAUUCUAAAGGUGCCAUUUGAAAGCACAGACAACCAGGGCAUAGUGUACACCUGGGUGGGCCGGGCAGCAGAUCCGGAUGAGGCUAAACUGGCAGAGGAUAUUAUGAACUCCAUGUUCGAUGACACUUACAGCAAACAGGUGAUUAAUGAGGGGGAGGAACCUGAAAACUUCUUCUGGGUGGGCAUUGGCUCACAGAAGCCUUACGAUGAAGACGCAGACUACAUGAAAUACGCCAGACUGUUCAGGUGCUCUAAUGAAAAGGGCUACUUUGCUGUGUCAGAGAAGUGCUCUGACUUCUGUCAGGAUGACCUUGCUGAUGAUGACAUCAUGCUUUUGGACAAUGGCAAAGAGGUUUACAUGUGGGUGGGUACACAGACCAGUCAGGUUGAGAUUAAACUCAGUCUGAAGGCUUGUCAGGUUUACAUUCAGCACAUGCGCUCCAAAGACCCCGAGCACCCCAGGAAGCUCCGGCUGGUGCGCAAAGGCAACGAGCCACACUGCUUCACCCGCUGCUUUCAUGCCUGGAGCACCUUUAAAACUGCACCCGCAUAGACCACACACACACACACACACACACACAGUCCAUACACAUCCCAACACAUCCAUCAACAGUACUCUUCACAUAUCAAUGUACAUCACCAACAAGAAGGCUACAGUAAUUUCCUCUGUGCAUUGCGCUAUAGUAGUACUUUGUUUGAAAAG